AUGCAGGCCAGGGCAUCGGCAUUGAUCGAAAAAGCGAGCUUCGAGAGCUAUGCCGGUGACACUACCGAGAGUGCUGAUUCCAUCUCACUGGACCUUGCAAAUGUAUUCGAAGCAUUGGAUAUGGAUGAUGUGGUUAUGGCCAAGCAGGAGGUCCCAGAAGCAACAGUCCCGAAGCAUGAGACGAAGCAGGAGGUCCCACAAGCAGCAGUCCCGAAGCAUGAGGCUGGGGCGAAGCAGGAGGUCCCACAAGCAGCAGUCCCGAAGCAUGAGGCGAAGCAGGAGGCCCCACAAGCAGCAGUCCCGAAGCAUGAGGUGGAGCAGCAGGAGGGCCCAAAUUGCAAUCAGGCAACAGGAUCCGGAGAGGUGUCGGACGAGCAGCUACUCCAGUUGCUGAAGGGGCUUGACAUCCAGAAAAUCAAAUGGUUGCAAUCGAUGGCUGACUCCAACACAUCUGUGCUUAGCAAGCCGGAACUCCAUAGACCCAACACUGUGGACUUCGAUGCUAGCAAGGGCAAGCUGCAGCCAGCCCCCGCCGCUAGUGAUGACUUGGCAUCCCAGUCAACAGCUGCAACAACACCGCAGCCGCACGCCCAACAGAAUCCGCCCCAAGCCGAGGCAAAAGCCCCCAAAGCCCCGAGUAAGCACAUCGACCCAAGCAUUGAGACAGCAUCGCAAGCUGGCAAAGUUGACAGAACGAAGAUGCAAAACCUGUUCCAGAGCUUCCUUGCCUGUGGAGAAGAUUGGGGAGAGAGUGAGUUCAGCAUGGAAGAGAACACGAGCACGAUGACGGAUGAUGUGAGCACGUCCAGGUGGCUCACACGCAGAGACCUCAUGGCCAAGUACGGGGACGAAGAAAUUGUCAACAGCAUUAUCCGGGCGAAGGCCAGUGGCGAGGAGGCUUCUGGGGAUUACAUGGAUAAUCCUGAUGCGCCGGACGUACGAGCUUUGCGGCUUUACAAGUGCUUCGACCACCAGGUGGAGGUUAACACGAAUAACAGCACUAUGCGGACCAGCCGUACCAGGACUGGCGAUGCACCGGCAUCCAGCUCCAGUGCGCCCCCGCCCACCCCGUCCGUUCCGAAGGGAAAGGGCAAAGGAAAGGGUAAGAACAAGGGCAAAGGCCAGGAGCCGGGUGGUGAGACGAAGACGAAGAAAGAAAAAACCAAGGACCAAAUGGCCAUGGUCAAUGCCAACAUGAAUCUUUUGGAGAUCAAUGGCUUCGAUUUCCGCUUGAGACAAGCCGGAGUGUGCGACACCACAAUUCAGCGCUUCUGCUCCAGGGACGGGCAGCUGGCCUCGGCACUUUGCUCAUCGAUGCUGGAGCUUGCCAAGGAGAUGAGGGCAAAGCGUGAGGCUUUGGAGGCCAAGCUGGCCAAUGGUGCCACCGAAGCCCAAUUCGAGCCCGAGCUACAGGCUUUGAUGGGUUGCAACGAUCGCUACAAGGAAGGCUCUAAGCAUGUGAAGCUUCACUUGCCAAAGGCAAGCAAGGACAAGGCCAAAUCCGGGGCCAGCCUGUAG